AUCUUUCUGUCCUCAAUUGUCAACCGAAUAUUACCUUAUCACUAAUAUUCAGUGGCACUUCAAUAACCAAAAUGAACCUUGUUAACAAAAAAAAAUUCUUAAGAGAAAUAACCUCUUUUUAAGGAUAAGAGAGAGAGAAAGAACUAUAUUUACACAAAUUCACGGGAGUGUAUGUAUGAUUCAAGAAAAGGUUUCACCAGAGUGUACACAAAUUGAAUUUAACGGGCUUCUGCUUGCAAUUGGAGAUAGAAAGAUCCAUAAAGUAGUUGCAUUUCAUAUUGAAAGAACAUAUGCUGGCCGCUGCUGAUUUGAGAAGGGAUAAGAUUCUUUGUUGUGUACCAGAAGCGAGAUGGAGGGUUGCAUAACUGAUGUUAGGAAGACUCUUGUGGAGAAAUUGUUAAACAAGGCAAUAGAAAAAUCACGCUAUUUAUUUUGUUUCACAUGCAUUGUUAAAGAAUUCAAUGAAGAAAAGGGUAAGUUGGAAGCAGAAAGAGCAACUAUGAGGCAGCAUUUUAAAGUGGCAACCGAAAAAGGUAAAGAUAUUCAAUCUAAUGCUGAAUUUUGGGAAAAACAGGUUGACAAGCUCAUUCAAGAGAACAUUGAGACAAAACAGAGAUAUUAUUUUGGAUUUUGCCCUGAUUGUAUUUGGAGAUAUGAAAGGGGAGAGGAGUUGGCAACCAAGACAAAAGUGAUUAAAAGUCUAAUGGAAAAGGGAGAAAAAUUUGAAAAUAUUGAAAUCACACGUUGUCUUCCCGGUGUUGAGCGACAUUCUUCUCAGUAUUUCAUUCCAUUUAAAAGCAGAGAGUUGAAGUCCAAAGAGCUUUUGGAUGCACUAAAAGACGACAACAACUAUAUGGUUGGAUUGCAUGGGAUGGGGGGUGCUGGAAAAACAACAUUGGCAAAAGAAGUAGGUAAACAACUUAGGACAUUGGAGCAUUUCAAAUAUGUUAUCGAUACGACAGUGUCAUUUAAUCUUGAGAUAAAAAAGAUUCAAAAUGAUAUUGCCGGAUCCUUAGGAUUGGAAUGGGGAGAAAUAAAUGAAUCAGAUCGACCUAAAAAGUUGUGGAGCAGAUUAACAGAUGGUGAUAAAAUUCUUGUGAUCUUGGAUGAUGUCUGGAAAAAUCUCAAUUUUGAUGACAUAGGACUUCCAAGUAGUGAUAAUCAUAAAGGAUGCAAAGUUCUUGUAACCACACGUGAAUUGAGGGUAUGCGAACAAAUGGAAUGUAGAAAGACAAUUCAACUGGAGCUCUUAACUGAAGAAGAAGCAUUGAUCAUGUUCGAAAUGUAUGCCGAUCUAAGCCAUAUUUCCUCCAAAAGUAUUCUCGGUAAGGUACGUGAAAUCACAACUUUAUGCAAAAGAUUACCAAUUGCAAUUGCUAUUAUCGCCAGAAGUUUGAAGGGAAAAAAAAGUGGUGAAGAGUGGGAUGUUGCCUUGAAUUGCUUAAAAAAGCCUGUGUCCAUGGGAAAUGUUGAAGAAGAUUUGGUUGACGUUUUUAAAUGUUUGAAAUUUAGCUAUGAUUAUCUGAAUGAUGAAAAAGCAAAGGGACUGUUCCUCUUAUGUUCUGCAUUCCCUGAAGAUAAAGAGAUUUCUGUUGAACUUCUAACUAGGCUUGGUAUAGGAGUCAACCUUUUUGGGGAAGGUUAUGAAAAAUACAAUGAUGCUCGAAGUCAAGCAAUUGUAGCAAAAAAUAAACUCCUACAUUCAUGUUUACUGUUGGAAACAAAGAAAGGAGAUGUGAAGAUGCAUGACUUGGUUCGUGAAGUAGCCCAUUGGAUAGCGAAGGAAAAGAUUCUAGUAGUAAAUUUAUUUGAAAAAAAUCAAAAGUCAUUGGUUGAAAGGAGUAAGAAUAUCAAAUAUUUGUUCUUCCAAGGAAAUCUAAUGGAUUUAUGUUCCUCUUGGUUUGAUGGCUCUAAGCUUGAGAUUCUAAUUGCAAACACGUCCAUGGAUGAUUCUAAGGAUGUCCCCACUUCACUUUUUGAAAAUAUGGCAGGGCUUCGAAUUUUGAAACUAUCAAAUACCCCUCUAUCAUUACCAAAAUCAAUUCAGUUAUUGAUCAACAUUCGUUCUCUAUCAGUUGAAUGUGUCAUUUUGGGUGACAUCUCUAUUUUUGGAAGCCUGCAAAGUCUUGAAACUCUUGAAUUGGAUUAUUGUGAAAUUUAUGAAUUUUCCCCUGAAAUUGCAAUGUUGAAGAAACUUAGACUGUUGUCAUUGAGAGAUUGUAAAAUUAGAAGCAAUAAUCCAUUUGAAGUUAUCCAGAGAUGCCCAUCACUUGAAGAAUUGUACUUUAGUUAUAGUUUCAAUGAGUUUUGUAAGGAAAUAACCUUACCUACAUUGGAAAGGUAUUUUCUCACUGAUAAUUCUCGUAAUUGGAAAUGGCCAGAAACAAAAAGUGUGGCUUUAGAAAGAAAUCAUUUAUCAGAAGCAACAUAUAAGUAUGUGAUGAAAACAUCAUAUUAUCUUGAUCUGAUAAGAAUUCAGGGAUGGAUAAAUCUCAUGCCAGAGAUUGUUCCUAUAGAUGAAGGUAUGAAUGAUCUAAUUAAGCUUCAUCUGAAAGAAAUUUCACAACUACAGUACCUUGUAGACACUAAACAUAUUAAUUCUCAAGUACCAAUUGUUUUCUCCAAGUUGGUUGUACUAAAUCUUGAGAGAAUGGAAGCUUUGGAAGAAUUAUGCAAUGGUCCCAUCGCCUUUGACUCAACGAACAAUUUAGAGAAGCUAUCUAUCAAGGAGUGUGAAAAUUUGCGAAGCUUGUUUAAAUGCAGCCUAAAUCUCAGCAGUCUAAAGACUGUGGAAUUAGAACAAUGCUCAAAAUUGGUUUCUGUUUUUGAACUAUCAACUUCUCAAAGCUUGCCGCUGUUGGAGGAAUUGAAAAUAGUUAAUUGUAAGAAAUUGGAAAACAUAAUUGCAUUUGAAAGAACAGUAACGGAGGACACAAUUGAAAAUAGUUGCUACUCAUUGUUUCCAAAGCUGAAAGGUCUUCAUAUUCGUGAAUGUCCCCAACUACAAUUUAUACUUCCAAUUCUCUCUGCUCGAGACAUUGAGUUCUUAGAAGUUAUCAAAAUAAAAUGUUGUGACAAGCUGAAAUACAUAUUUGGCCAACACCAAGAUGUCAAACUCACAUCACUAAAAGAGGUGGCGAUUGAAGAUUUGCCAAAUUUCAUCGACAUAUUUCCACCCAAAGCUUCAUCCAUUUCCAAAGAUGGUUCUAAGCCACAAACACAACUGGACACUAUCAAAAGCAAUACAUUCUCUAUGUGUUGUUAUAGAUACAAACUGAAGAGUACGAAAAUCCCAUCUGUUUCUGAGGAUCAACCACAAGACUGCUCAAUCUCAUUGGAAUCAAAUUCAUAUUGUCUUGACAUAUGGAACUAUGCUCCUAAAGUUAAAGAGAUUCAAAUCUCUAAUGUUCCGAAGAUGAAAUCUGUAUUUAUCGUAUCCAGUGCUUUAAGAAUGUUGGAAACCUUCACAAUUGAGAAAUGUGAUGAAUUGAAGCAAAUAAUAAUAGACACUGGAGAUCAUAAUAGUACUAGUGGCAAUAAUUUUGGCAAUGUCUUCCCAAAAUUGAAAACGCUUUGGGUUGUAAAUUGUGUGCAAUUGGAAUACAUAUUUGGACACUACAAUCAUGAUCAUCUUCCACCUUUCGACAAAAGAUCUAUGGACGGUACAAUCAUCAAGGAAUUGAGUGGCAAUGAAGAAAAUGGACAACAAAUGAACUUAAGUUUGGAAGACAUUAUGUUGAUUGAUCUGCCUAUGAUGAGGUGUCUUUUUGUGGGUCUCAAAUAUUCAUUUGUCCUCAAUAACCUUACAACGAUGAGAAUCGAUGGAUGUGAAAAAUUGGAAAUUGUUUUCUCCACAUCUGUUUUAAGAUGGCUACCACAAUUGGUUAGACUAGAAGUAGAAGAAUGCAAAGAGUUGAAGCAUAUCAUUGAAGAUGAUUUGGAGGAUAAAAAUUUUCAGUCUUCAAACACAUUCUUCCCAAAGCUAGAAACACUAAUUGUAACAAAAUGUGACAAGUUGAAAUAUAUGUUUCCAGUCUCCAUUUGUAAAGAGUUUCCUGAGCUAAAGGUUAUGUUCAUAAGAGAAGCAAAUGAGUUAGAGGAAAUAUUCAAAAGUGAUAAAAAAGACGAGGUUGAAGAAAUAUCCAAAAGUGAAGUUCAGAUUCCAAAUCUAAAAGCUGUAGGAUUUGCCUACCUACCAAGCCUCUGCCAUGCCCAGGAAGUUCAUUUUCAGGCAGUGAAACAUCGUUUGGUACAUAGUUGUCAAAAACUCUCUCUAACUUCAUGCAAUAUUGAAGGUGACGUUCGUAGUUGGGAUUUCAUGAAAGAUGAUUAUUUUUUGCAUUAUCAAUUUGACGUAAUACGAAUAGAGUGCGUCAAAGCAGCAUCAGAACACAAGCUGACUUCUCCACAGUUGGAGGGUUCUACAUCAGAAAUAACAGCAGAAGCAGCAACUGUGUCCACCAUUACAGACACAAAGAAUAAGCAACUUGCACAAGAAGUUGGUCCUAAACAAAAGGGUAUCCAGAUAUAUGUUGAAGAAGGAAAUACAUCAACUCAUUUAGAUGUAGCAGGUUCAUCAUCAGGCCAGUUAGUUACUUCUGAGUGUAAAACAUCUUCACAUGAAGAUGAUGAUAGCCAAACAGCCAUGAAUUCUUUUUCCAUUUCCACUAAAGAGACCAAUGACCAAGAUGGUAAACUGUUUGGAGAUAAGAAAUUUCUAUAUCGACAAUUACCAGAAGAAAUAUUCAAAGGCCAAAAUGCUUGUGAUGAAAAUCCAGGUGCAGAAAACAGUAAAGAUUUUGCUGCUGGGAGUGAAGUUCAAAAAGCAUUAGAACACCAGUUGACUUCUCCACAGGAGUUAUUCAAUGAACAAUUAAUGGAUCGACAGUGCUUGAUCAACCAACAACAGACACUUGCGGAAACUAAUAUUACCAUCAAACCUUCUCAGGAAGAAAAUCUGGAAGGCCCUACAUCAGAAAUAACAGCAGCAGCAACUGUGUCCACCAUUACACAUGAAGUUGUUCCUGAACAAAAGGGUAUCGAGAUAAACGUUGAAGAAGGAAAUACAUCAGCUAAUGCCAAGAAAAUAACAUCGUCAACUCAGUUAGAUGUAGCAGGUUCAUCAUCGGGCCAGUUAGUUACUUCUGACUGUAAAACAUCUUCACAGGAAGAUGGUGAUAGCCAAAUAGAAAUGACUUCCUUUUCCAUUUCCACUACAGAGACCAAUGACCAAGAUGGUAAACUGUUUGGAGAUAAGAAAUUUCUAUAUCGACAAUUACCAGAAGAAUUAUUCAAAGGCCAAAAUGCUUGUGAUGAAAAUCCAGGUGCAGAAACCAGUAAAGAUUUUACUGCUGGGAGUGAAGUUCAAGAACCAUCAGAACACCAGUUGACUUCUCCACAGGAGUUAUUGAAUGAACAAUUAAUGGAUCGACAGUUCUUAUUACAGACACUUGUGGAAACUGAUAUUACCAUCAAACCUUCUCAGGAAGAAAAUCUGGAGGGCCCUACAUCAGAAAUAACAGCAGCAGCAACUGUGUCCACCAUUACAGAAGAAGUUGUUCCUAAACAAAAGGGUAUCGAGAUAAACGUUGAAGAAGGAAAUACAGAAGCUAAUGCCAAUAAAAUAACAUCGUCAACUCAGUUAGAUGUAGCAGAUUCAUCAUCAGGCCAGUUAGUUACUUCUGUGUGUAAAACAUCUUCACAGGAAGAUGGUGAUAGCCAAAUAGCCAUGACUUCUUUUUCCAUUUCCACUGCAGAGACCAAUGACCAAGGUUCUCUAAAUCAUGAUUCUUUCAAGAAAGUAAGCUCAAUUAUUGAGGAACAAUUUCAUAAGGAUGAUAAUAUAAUAGUUUCCAAAUCUAAACCCUCUUCUAACAUCACAUCUCAUGUUGUAUGUCAAUUUCCACCGGUGCCUAGUAAAGAGGACCCUUGUCAAAAAGUAGAAGAUUUAAGUUCUUUGCUUGUCAAAAGUGAGCUUGAGCAAUUGGUCUCCAAGAAUCAUUUGGAUUGGGGGAAUUUUUAUUUGUUGAAUAAUUUCUUUGUUAAGCAUCCUUCUGUCCGUUUUAAAGACACUUCACUUAGUAAUAGAUACAAGGGUUGUGCUUACAAUUUACUAGCUGAACUGUUGAAAUUCCUCAAAACCCACAGUGUGUUGGAAGUAUUGGGCUCAUUCCACUCUGAAUUUGAGGAGUUAUUACAAGAUGCACGAAGGUUUGGUUUUGAUAAGGAUUGGUUGGAUGGUGUCGAAAGGAGCACUUUGUGUCCUGAUAUGCAAGUUUCUCAAGAUGUAUUAAAGAAACUAUUGGAUUCCAAGGAACAUGUUACCAAAGAAGUUGAAGUGUUGCGCUUGAAGAUAGGCAUUUUAAGUGAACAAAUGGAAGUUCUUAGUGAACAUGUGGAAGUUCUUAAGCAUCAAUUGGCAUCCUCUCAAGCUGUUUUGGAGAGUAUCAAUCAACAAGAGGUGGCUUUAAGUGCCCCUGUUGGCUAUUAGGCUGCAUCUGUUUGCACUUUAAAGCUCUUCACUGUAGGAGCUUUUAUCCACCUUGUACUUUAGAUUCUUUAAAUAGGAAUAAAUUAGGAUAUGUUGAAUUUAGAUUUUGUUGAUGUACUCUAUGAUUCUCCUUUCUUU